GACAAAGGCGAUGGUCACAUGAUCGAACGUGCAGGAGGCGGAAGUAGGGAAGACAGGAAGUUGGAAGAUGGCGUCUGCAGGAUUAGAACAGGCGAAUGAUGGACAGAAAUUGCACCUUAAUCUGAAAGUGAAGAAUUCCCCCCUGCUGCUGAACGUACAGACCCCCACAGAGCCCCCAGGCAGCCUGGAGAGCGGAGGGGACACGGACUGGGGUAAGCCCUGUGCCGAGCCGGGAUCGCCUCCUGAGGACGAAGCCGCAGACUCUGAGAUGAUAUUUGAGAAUGGUCACUUUGCUCUAGACAAAGUCAGAGACUACAGCUCUCAGCAAACUACAGAAAACGAUUCUGGACAGCCCGUUAAAAGCCAGACGGACACAAACGAGGUCACUGUGAUUGCGAAUGGCGAUCAUGACCACACGUCUGGGUCAAAUCCUGUGACCUCUGUAGGAAGCACCUUGACCAGCAGCGUCUCCAGUUCAUCACCUUCCCCUGGCUUAGGGUUACCACCCGGGGCGAACGUAGAAACAUCCGAGACCAGCUCAUUGCUGUCUAAUGCUGCCACCCCAUCGUCAGACGGCUUGCCAUCUGGAUGGGAACAGAGACAACUGAGCAAUGGCCGUGUAUAUUACGUGGACCAUAACACGAAGACCACCACUUGGGAAAGGCCGCUACCUCCUGGAUGGGAGAAGAGGGUGGACAAUCGAGGACGGUACUACUACGUGGACCACAACACUCGGACAACCACAUGGCAGAGGCCUACUGCUGAAUAUGUCCGCAAUUAUGAGCAGUGGCAGACCCAGAGGAGCCAGCUACAGGGGGCAAUGCAGCAGCUCAGCCAACGCUAUCUAUACCAAUCUCCAGCCAGCGCUCCGGACAAUGACCCACUUGGACCUCUUCCCAAUGGAUGGGAGAAGCGACAGGAUAACGGGAGAGUGUAUUACGUGAAUCACAACACACGGACGACACAAUGGGAAGACCCACGGACACAAGGUAUGAUCCAGGAACCAGCGCUCCCUCCAGGAUGGGAAAUGAAGUAUACCAAUGAAGGGAUCAGAUACUUCGUAGAUCAUAAUAAUCGCACCACGACCUUCAAGGACCCAAGACCUGGAUUUGACUCUGGAGUCAAGUCUGGGGGCUCGCCGGGAGCAUACGAUAGAAGCCGAAGCUUCCGAUGGAAGUACCAUCAAUUUCGGUUCCUGUGCCAUUCAAAUACGCUCCCGAGCCAUGUGAAAAUCAGUGUAUCCAGACAGACGUUGUUCGAGGACUCCUUCCAGCAGAUCAUGAACAUGAAGCCAUAUGAUCUACGACGCCGUCUUUACAUCAUAAUGCGUGGCGAGGAAGGUUUGGAUUAUGGAGGAAUUGCCAGGGAGUGGUUCUUUCUCUUGUCCCACGAGGUGCUGAAUCCCAUGUACUGCCUCUUUGAAUAUGCCGGGAAAAACAACUACUGCUUACAGAUAAACCCAGCCUCGUCCAUCAACCCCGACCACCUCACCUAUUUCCGAUUCAUUGGACGCUUUAUAGCUAUGGCUCUUUACCAUGGGAAGUUCAUAGAUACAGGAUUCACUUUACCGUUCUACAAAAGGAUGCUAAACAAGAAGCCAACUUUGAAAGACCUGGAAUCCAUUGACCCAGAAUUUUACAAUUCUAUUAUGUGGAUCAAAGAAAAUAAUUUGGAGGAAUGUGACUUGGAGCUUUAUUUUGUGCAAGAUAUGGAGAUUUUAGGAGAGGUGACUUCUCAUAAGCUGAAAGAAGGCGGUGAGAACAUUAGGGUGACAGAGGAGAACAAGGAGGAGUUUAUCACGCUCCUUACUGACUGGAGAUUCACUCGUGGCGUUGAGGAGCAAACCAAUGCUUUUCUAGAUGGCUUCAACGAGGUUGCCCCUUUGGAAUGGCUGCGAUACUUUGAUGAGAAGGAGUUGGAGCUGAUGCUCUGCGGGAUGCAGGAGAUUGAUCUCAAUGAUUGGCAGAAAAACACAAUCUACCGGCAUUACACCAAAAACAGCAAGCAGGUCCAGUGGUUCUGGCAGGUGGUGAAAGAAAUGGACAAUGAGAAACGGAUCCGUCUGCUGCAGUUUGUGACUGGAACAUGCCGCCUUCCCAUCGGAGGAUUCUCAGAACUGAUUGGUAGCAACGGACAUCAGAAGUUUUGCAUUGACAAGGUUGGAAAAGAUACUUGGCUUCCUCGAAGUCACACCUGUUUUAAUAGAUUGGAUUUGCCUCCCUACAAGAGUUAUGAGCAGCUCAAAGAAAAAUUGCUUUUUGCCAUUGAGGAAACGGAAGGGUUUGGGCAAGAAUAAUCCUCGACUGUGUGCGAAGAGUAACUGGGGAAAUCCUUCUCCCGGCCCCAGGUUCCACAAUGCAAUUGCUUCAAUGUGAUCUGGAUUUUGGAAGAAUGGUGUCCAUGCUUUGCACAACAUGGAGCACUAUGAUGGUAAAGGUGCCCGUCACUGAUGGAGGGUAAAAGGCAUCUAUUCAUUGGGCACCAAAGAUGCAAAGAGAAUGGAUAGAUCUAAAAUGUACCUUCUUUACCAUUCACUGAGACUAGGAAGAAGUCCGACAACCAAAACCUGUAGGAAACUACUGUGAUUUUUCAUUAUUUUCCGUUCUGCCUUUUUCCCCCCCCUGCAUCCUGUUUAGUAUUUUGAUGAUUUUACUGUGAAGCAGUCUGAAUGAUUUAUCUCAUGGUCCAUACACCCAUAGCUGAUGGCAUAAUGACCGUCGGCCAUCUUUCUCACCUCUAUAC